CAACCGGCCGGCGUGAACAAUCGUUUGACAACCAGGCAGGGGUCAAUAAUACACCCAUUCCUCUGAUGGGUGAACCAGAGCCUGAGCAGAUCGGGCAAUUUCUAGGAUGGCCUGAAAAGAUUAUUUGGAAACAACUGCGAUGUUUGUGAUCUAUAGUGUUAUGUUUCAAAGUGCAAGAUAAUCUUUGUAAUCUUUCACUUUCGAUAUUAGAUGGGCAGUAGACACGGAAGCAUAUUUUCGGACAAUGUUUAGCAGCAAAAUCCAAGCGCUUUGAAGGGAGGUCGAUCUCACCCAUUGAGCUGUCAGUCGGACACUCACGCUCCCCCACUAAAAAAAAGUCUGACCCGGUCCCGAGGACCGAUAGAAGCCGAGGGCUGAAACUUUGUUCCCAGCUGUGGAAAGCCAAGAGAUGGCCGGAUUCCCCGUGUUGGUAGAAGGUCUGCCAGUCCAGCUGAACUCUGUCAAAAGUAAAUUAGCCAUUUAUUUCCAAAGCAAAAAGAAAUCUGGUGGAGGAGAGUGUGAGAUCAGAGCACACCAAGAGCAGGGGAAGUUCCUCGUAUAUUUUAAAAAUGAAGAAGUGCAGAAAAACGUAGUGAAGAAGGAGUUCCACCCAGUGCAGCUAUUGGGCCCAGAGCCAGUCCAGCUUCGGGUUACACUCUGGGACAGUAGUGGAGGAAGUUCCGUGAGCACAAUUAGAGUGGCCGCAGACUCCUACAAAGAGCCAGCAAUAGAACAAAAUCAAUUGUUGACCAGUUCACAAAAACACAAUGAAAAUGACCAGAGUCCAGCGAAGGAAUUUCACAAUCAAGGAUCCCCAGGCGCAGUGGAAGAGUCAGUUUUCGAGUCUUCCGGGAGAGAGGAAAGCCAUUCCAGCCAGCUGCUGGUUAGCAGUGACGAUCCUGUUGAUACAGAUGUUGUUUUAAUGUACAUUGAAAGAUUUGUAUCAGAUGUGGGAAUCUCUGAACACGAUGACAGCUCUUGGCUUGUGACCUGUCCAAGCAGUGAUGACGUGGAAAAAAUAAUUUCACAAAAGCAGCACAAGCUGGGUGGCAAAACUCUGAAAGUGCAAUUAUAUGAGAAAGAUAAAGAAGAUGAAAAGUAUGAACCCCGAACAUUUCUCCUGAGGGGUUUUGAUGUUAACUCGAGGUUAGACCAUAUUUCACUGUACGUUGACAGCCUCAGCAAUAACACACAGCAUCAUAUUGAACCUUUGCAGGAUGGUGAAACAGUAGCGGUCACUUUUGAAACUGAUAUAGAUGUCAACUCCUUUCUGCAGAACUGUCGUCAGAAGCCUUUUGAAAACCAUCGUAUCACUGCCCAGCGUCUGGCCAAGACAAAUUCAGUGCAGAUAGAAGGAAUUCAUCCCAAUUUAAGCGAUGACUUCCUGGAUUUGUACUUUUCAAAUAGCAAACGCAGCGGUGGUGGGGAAAUCACAGAUAUCAUUUUUAAAAGAGUUGCAAUGACAGCUAUUGUUCAUUUUCAAGAUCAUGAGGUGUUAAGACGAGUUACUGCAAGGGAACAUUCCUUAAAGGGUCUUCAGCUGACAGUUAGUCGUUAUUACCAUGAUCUACAAUCAUGUUUGUAUGGAAAUAAUGGUCCAAGAAUCAAACAGCCUGAACAGUGUGAUAUUUGCGUCAAUCCCACAGUGCUAAACUAUAUCCAGAAGACUCGCCUCUAUAAACAAGAGUUAGAGGAAAUUGCGAAGGAUGUUUAUUGUCACAUUACCUUUGCAGACUCUCCAAGUUCAAAGCAACUUAUUCUGAAGCCUUCUUUUGGUGCAGAUAUAUUGUUAUGCUAUAAAGUUGCUAAGGACUGGAAGAAGCAUGCUGAAGAGGCAGUUUGGAAAUUCAUCAACAAGUUUCACUUCAAAGACUUUCCAACUGAUAUAGAUUUGUGGGAAAAAGUCAAGAACAAAAGCAGAGGAUUGAAAGCUCCUGGCUUCGAUGUUCUUUACUGUUCUACAGAAAACAAGAUUGUCGUUGUUGGGGAACAAGAUAAAGUUUUGGGCAGUUCCAGGAAGCUACAAGAAAUAUUGGAAAAGGCAAGAAGAGAAUUGGAAGUUGAAAGGAAUACUGUUGAAGAGCAAAUUUUAUUGGAAAGUCUCGAGGAGUUGGAAUUUGUGCAAAGCCAUGUCAAAUAUACUGUUCCCUCUGUGAAAAUAUCCACCAGCACAACUCCCCCAGCAUUAAAACUGACAGGAUUGAAGGAGGAAGUUGGCCAAGUUCACAAGGUCAUCAGCGAGUUUCAUUCCCAGUUAGAAAGGAAGCCUCUCAAUCAGUCUUCACACCUGAUAGGUUUUAUCAAAUCGUUAGACCUUAAGAAAUUUGUGCAAACUCACUUCAUUCAAAAAGGCAUCAAGGCCACAUUGCUGCAUAAACAGUCUGUUGAGCUCUUGGCUGUCAAGGCAGAUGUAAAGAAAGGAGAAGAUAAAAUAAAGCAACUUUUCCAGGAAGUAAGGAUUGACUUCACCCCACAGCAAAUCAACGUCGCCAAAGCUGACAAAUGGAAACAGUUCCUUGAUGACUUGAAUUUCGACUUGAAGUCAAAAAAUGUGGGCUGCACAAUCAUAGAGGAGAAAAAUCAAGCUGCUGUAAUAAUCGUAGGAUAUUCAGAUGUUGUUUCUGAUUUUGAAAUAAAGAUAAAUAGUUACCUGGACAAUAAGCAGGUGAUCGUGCAACAUAUUCCUGCCUCAUUGAUGCAGGUGGACUAUAUGGAAAGUUUCUUGAGUCUCACAGAACUGCCUGAAAUCCGAAACAAAGGCAUCAUAGUAUCAUAUAUCAGAAUGGCUUCUCCAGGUUUGGAAGUAUCUGGUGCAGCAGAGCAUUUAAAGGAGGCAGUUCCUGCUAUUGAAGAUAAGUUGUCACUGAUUCAAUCAGUAACCUGUACUUACAACAAACCAGGAGAGGCCAGAGCCCUGUCUAAGCACAAGGAUGUCCUACAAGUCAAGGUUAAAAGUCAUGGGUGUAUGUUGUUAAUUCAACCUGAGGAAGCAGCCCAGGAUUCAUCAAGCCUCCCGAAACCUGUUAUAAAACAACAGAAACAAGCCCUGAAGUUACCAAUGCCUUCUCCUCAAGUGCCUACACCAACGCCAACAGUCCCAGCAAUACAAAUAUCUGGGGUAACUGUAGAACUGAAAAAGGGUGAUAUCACCCAAGAAAGUACAGAUGCCAUAGUAAAUUCUACCAACAACACAUUGAACUUAAAUUCUGGUGUGUCCGGUGCAAUACUAAAAGCUGCAGGCAGCUCUGUGGAGGAUGAAUGCAAAGCCCUAGGUCAACAGCCAAACGAUGGUGUUGUAGUCACCAAAGGUGGCCAGCUUCAGUGUGAAUAUAUAGUGCACAUGGUCGGGCCCACAUUAGCAGCCGGCAUCACAACAUCAGUGCACAAGGUCCUUGAGGAAUGUGAAAAGCUGGAUAUCACUACUGUAGCAUUCCCAGCCAUUGGGACAGGUAAAGGUGGCAUCAGUUGUGAAACUGCCAUCAACGCAGUCUUUAGUGGAAUGGAGAAUUAUUUCUCGACUAUUGCAUUGUCCAAGAUGAAAGUCAUUUCGAUUAUUGCAUUUGAGUCAUAUAUUUAUGACAAUUUUGCUGAUGCUUUUGACGUGAAGAAGUUGAGCCUCGAUGUGGGCACAGUGGGCACAGCACAGAUGACUGCAAAUCUUCAACAUAGCUACAUCCCACCAGCUCAAAAGACAGGGUUGUUGUCUACACAGCUGAAAAUCCAUAAUGCUAUUGUGGAGGUAAAGCAAGGAGACAUAACCCUGGAAAAUGUGAACGCAAUAGUAAAUUCCACAACUACAACACUGGAUCUCAAUUCCGGUGUCUCAGGGGCAAUAUUUGCAGCUGCUGGCAGUGCUGUCACAGAUGAAUGCAAGAAGCUGGGUUCUCAGCCUAAUGAUGGUGUUGUAGUCACUGGAAGUGGAAAUCUUGCCUGCGAUUACAUCAUUCAUAUGGUCGGCCAAACUAGUCCAGCCAUGAUAACAGCCUCAGUAGAAAAAGUAUUGCAGGAAUGUGAACUAAAUCAGAUUGCCACAGUAUCUUUCCCUGCUCUAGGAACAGGAAUGGGAGGAGUGAAGCCGCAGGAUGCUAUUGAAAGUAUUUUGGCUGGAUUUGGAAAUCACUUAUCACAAACCAAGCCAUCAGUGAUUACAUUCAUUUACGUUGUUGUCUACGAUCAUAAAGUCUACGACGUCUUUUCUGAUGUCUUGCAACAAAAAUCACAACAGAUGUUGAAGGCUAAGGAGAUAAACAUUGGCAAAGUAAAAGUGAUAGCUCUUCAAGGUGAUAUCACAGCAGAACAGACUGACGCCAUUGUAAACUGCUCAAAUGUCAAACUUAACCGAAACAAGGGGGUUUCUGGUGCUAUUCUAAAAGCAGCAGGCCAAUCAGUCGUGGAUGAAUGUAGUCAACUGGGAGUCCAAAGCAAUGAUAGUGUUACAAGCACAGCAGCAGGAAACCUUCAAGUAAAAUACAUCCUACAUUUGGCUGGCUGGAUGAAGGUGAAAAAUACAAAAGGAUCUGUUGGCAAAGUUCUGAAGAAAUGCGAAGACCUAAAAAUAAGUUCAGUUUCUUUUCCAGCAAUGGGAACAGGGGAAGGAAAACUGAAGCCUAGUGAUGUUGCAAAUGCACUGCUGGAUGCCAUAAGUGAUUAUGUGGUAGACUUUGUUCAACCUUCACUCUCUGUGAUAAGGAUUGUUUUGUUCAACUCACUGUUGAUGGAUCCAUUUUGUCAAUGUAUGGAGCAGCGUUUCAGAAUUUCACGGCCUGCGGCACAAACAGUUCCUUCAGUGAAACCUGUUCAUGCAGUCCAACCUGUUCAUCCAAUCACUCUGAGGGCAGCAAAGCAUUUGAUUGGCGUAGUUGAGAUAUAUGGCAUGGCAAAGAAUGACAUUGCUAAGGCUCAGCAGGAUGUUGAAGAUCUAAUUAAAGAAAACCAUGGGAGCAAGGAAAUAUGCACUGACUAUGCCGCCUGUUUCUCAGAUGAUGAAAGACAACAAAUCAUUGAGCUCUGUGAAAAAUAUCAAUUGCAAGUUGAAAUUGAGCAAAAGAAAAUAACAAUACAGGGACACAACGCUGAUAUUCUGGAAUCCUUUGUGGAAGUGAAUUGUAUGCUCCAGGCUGUCAAACAGAGAGAGGAUAGAAAGCUGGAAGAGACUCAGAUGAAGAAAUCUGUCCAGUGGGAGUUUGCGACUAAUGAAACAGCUCAGCCUUAUGAUCAAUCUUUAAACUAUGAUCUUGAGAAAGCUUACCUGGAUGAAAAGAAAACCUUAGUUUACAAGAAAAAUGGGGAAAAGUGCACUAUUGACUUUAAUAAGAUGCAAGAAAAGGAUUCGAAAGGAAACGUAGUGGGCGUUAAGAGAAGACUCCUUGAAGCAGCUAUGUUUGAACUCCCAACAAAUUGGACUAUCAUGAACAAUCAGGAAGUUUUAGUGGUUAGUCUUCAGUCAGGUACCACAGAAUACAAAGAUGUAGCAAAGACGUUCAAGAAUUCUUGCAAGAAGACAAUUGUUGACAUAGUCAAGAUUGAAAGGAUUCAGAAUCGCAAGCUUUGGCAAAGUUAUUCUGUCAGGAAAGAAACUGCACAAAGGAAGAAUCCCAGGCUAAAUAUCGAGCAAAUCCUUUAUCAUGGGACCACAAAAGAAAUUUCCCAAAAAGUGAACAAAACUGGCUUCAACAGAAGCUUUUGCGGGAGAAAUGCUACUUACUUUGGAAAAGGAACUUACUUUGCCUUGAAUGCCUUGUAUUCUUGUGACAACAAAUACUCCAACCCUGAUUCUGAUGGAUGCAAAUACAUCUAUCAGGCACGAGUGAUCACUGGGAAGGAAUGUAAAGGAGAACAAGAUAUGCUGGAACCAGCACCAGUAAAUCCACAGAUAGAUUCAGCUGACCUUUGUGACUGUGCAGUGGAUGACUUAUCAAAACCUUCCAUUUUUGUUAUUUUUUGCGAUGAUGGAGCGUAUCCGGAAUACUUAAUAACCUUUAAAACAAGGCUGGCGUGAGACAGAAGCAACCUUUUUCUAGUGGCCAUAACUUUAUUGCAACUUAUACAAAUUUUAUUCAUAUUUCUGGUAAAUCUAGCAUUCUACAGAUUGCAGUCUUUAAUGACCUGUUCAGGCUGCUCUUACGGAAUAGGUUGCCAGUGGGCACUGCCUCCAAACUGAGGUGAAACAGCAUAACCUUAGAAGACAUCCUAAGUUAUGGUCAGCUAGGAUGUUGAAUGUAAAGUUGAAUAGUGAAAAUGUAUUCCCAAGUAAACUAUAUCAUUUACCAUCCCACCCCACAAGAAAACUAAUUUUCAAAUGAUCACAACAAUUUAAAACCACAGGAGAAAAGGGUGCUAAUUGGUUGGCAAGUUGAUCCUGAUUGACCGAGGCAUUGCCAUAGAGAAAGCAACAUGGAACUAUAGGCUCCCCAAGCAACAUCGUUUAUGAAUUUCAUUGCCAGUACGAUGCCAGAUAUGUAGGCCAUAUGUCCCAACAAUUGGCUGAUCAAAUCAAACAGUGUAUUCCUUUGAUUGUUUGUAAUAAGCAGAGUACAGACUGUACUCAACCAUUCUUCGCUUGCAAAGCCCAAAACAAAAUGUCUGCUGUUAGAUGUGAUUCUGUGAUUGGACAGCACUUGUUGAACAAUACUGAGUGUGCUAAUAGCUACACUAACAAUUUAAGAUAAUCAGUCAAACUUAUUCUUGCUAGAAGCAGCAUAUAUUCAUACGCAGGGACUCGUCCUGUGCAAGCAAGGGGAAUGUGUUUAAGUCUUGUGUCUUUUUCUGAAUUACCCAGGAGUUUGGAGAGUCCUUAGCUCCCUGUUGCUUUCCCCAUGGCGACGCCUCGGCCAAUCUGAAUCAACUUGUCAAUCAAUCAGCACCCUUUUCCCCGUAGUAUAAAUUUGUUGUGAUUGUUUGAAAUCUGGCCUUCUUGCAUUUGCCCUCUUGAGUGCAAGAUGAAAAGCUUCAGCAACAUGUCUCUCUUUUCAGCAAUAUUCAAACUUCUAAAUACAUGCAUACAAAAAUUGAGUUGUAAGUUUGCUUAACUUAUCUUGACAUCUCUGGAUAUUGGCACGAGACCUAAUUCACAGCAGGCGUCCUGCCAAAAUAAAUUGUGUUCCCAGAGUGACUCAAUCAAUCCAAAUAGGGAAUUGCAGCCCAAUAUAUCAUAGAGAACAAUAGUUUAGUUUCGAGUUAAGUUUCAACAACAAUUGUCAUUUAGCAAACAAAUUAUUUUAGUAUUUAUUUCAAUUAUGAUGGCUGAAGCCAUUUUGUAGGAAGAUUAAACAGCCUGAUGGAUAAAUUCACUUCUUGCAUAUUUGCAUGUUAAAAACUAAAAUGACCCAUAUUCUAAAUUGCAAUCAAUGCAAUACCGAGAAUCUCUGUGAAGAAGCUGUUACUGUAACUAGCACCAGUGAUUUUCCUCAUAUGCAGUUACUUUAGUAAACUAUAGUUCUACAUAUUAUUUUCAAUGUCAUGUUUGCAUAAAUUUAGAAGAAUAGAGUAGGUUUUGUGGUAGCAAAGACAGCAAAAUUGUAGGCAUCCACUCCCCUUAGACUCGUGAAACUGACUGAAAUUUCUGGUGUCCACAUUUAAACAUGGAAAUUUAGAAGUUGUUGGCAGUAACUCCUCAUUCCUCCACAGAGUGCAUUGUUGAAGUCGUCACAGAUGGAAUUCAAUUAGAAAUCACUGAUUUGAUGUGAACUUCCCAUUUUUAAGUUAUUAGUCUCAUUUUAAAAACUCUUGGGGCAGGAUCAUCCCCCUGUCAGGGGGGUUGUGCAGGAGUGGGUUCCCAACCAGCACCCCCAAUCGGGGGUGUGCUGCCAUUUUACGUGGGCAGGUCAAUUAAGGCAAUGUGCUCCCUGUGCAGACAGGGGGGAGUUCCCUGAGCCUCUUUCACGCAUGUGCACUAAAGAUUGCACAGAUGUCCCUGAGGCAAAGUGCUGCUUCAGGGAGAUCUGCUCAGGUUCGUAAAUUUCAAUAAAGAAGGAGAAAAAAGUUACUGACAUGUCCACUCAUGUGCCACUGUCACAUGAGCGGGACAUGUCAAUGUCCUCAUGAAACCUCAUCCCGCCCAUGGAUGAGGCUUCAUGUUUUUUCAGAAGCCCACCUUGGCUCCCGGCCUGCCCGCCAACCUUAAGGUUGGAUGGGCAGGUCCGUUAAUCAUGUUAAUUACGUAUUUAAUGGCCUCGGCUGUGCGCCUGCCGCACUGAAAAUCUAAAUGACGCGAGGUGACGUCAGGAUGCACACCCAACGUCACCCUGCGACAUUUCACAGGUCGGCAAGCAGGCCCCGCCCUCUGCUCGCUGAACAGAAGAUGGGCUCUGCCCUUGAAAAAGGUACACCUUUUUGCAUGAGAUGCAAGUGUGUUUUUAGCAGGUGCUAAGUCAUAAUUACUACUGAAAAAUUUCUCUGACCCUGAAAAACUUGUGGAAUGACAGAUUUCUCUAUCACACGUUAAAAAAUAUAUAGAUUUUUAAAAUAAUAAAUUAUGAUAUUUCACUUUUUACUCGAAUGCCAUGUGUAUAUUACCAUCUUUCUGUAAAAUUGUAAGAAGUGAAAAUUAAAGCUUGUCCAGUA